AUGUGUUGCAGAUGCUAUUACAGUUUUAAUGGUGAUGUCCAUGAUGUCCAUGGUGGUGAUGCCCAUGAUGAUGUCCAUGGUGGUGAUGACCGUGAUGAUGAUGGUCAUGGUGUCCAUGAUGAUGAUCAUGGUGCCCAUGAUGAUGAUGUCUUACGUCAGUUGAGCGUUUAUGGUGAUGGUGAUGUCCGUGAUGAUGAUGCCCAUGGUGGUGGUGACCAUGAUGAUGAUGAUCAUGGUGUCCAUGAUGAUGGUCAUCAUGAUGCCCAUGAUGGUGAUGCCUUGCGUCAGCUGAGCGUUUAUGGUGGUGGUGAUGUCCGUGAUGAUGAUGAUGGUCAUGAUCGUGAUGUCCAUGAUGGUGGUGAUGAUCGUGAUGCCCAUGAUGAUGAUGCCUCAGUUCCACAGAACGUUUAUGGUGGUGAUGAUGCCCAUGAUGAUGGUGAUGGCCGUGAAGGUGAUGAUCAUGAUGCCCAUGAUGGUGAUCGUGAUGACCGUGGUGAUGAUGUUUAG